GCCCGCCCGCCACGGGGCCGCUGCCGCGUGCCAGCUCUGCGUGUGCUUUAGGGGCAGCCGGAGGGAGCGGAGGAGGGUCAGGGCACGGCCGCUCCUAGCGCCGGGUGAUUAAAAGAUUACCCGAAAUGUACAAGGCUACAUAAGCUUACCUUCAUCCCUGGGCUUUAGCCAUGCCUUCCCAAAACUACUUCUUCCUGCGCUUUGUGUACCGCAGCAAGUGAAUGUUCAUCGGGUCUGUGGAUGAAUAAGGAGUGAAAGCAGGAAGCAAUUGUCACAACUUGCCUGUCAAAAUCGAUUUACUAGUUUUUAAAGUGAGUUGUUUGGGAGGUGGCAUCCAGUUGCAGACUAUGGCACACCGAUUUUCAGAGGAAGAAUUGGAUGAGCAGUUUGAAGAGUUUCUGAAAGAGUCUCUUUCAGAUGAUUCACUUGGAAAUUCAAAGAAAAAACCCAGCGUUCUUGAGACAUUGGGACAGCCCAGGAAAAAGGAAGUGAAGAAAAAGGAUUCAGUGCCGUGGUGGCUAUCUGAGGAAGAUUCAAACCAUGAUGGGAUGCCUGGAGCCAAUAGAAGCUUUGUCAAGAUAAAGAACACUACACAGCCUGUGGGGGAAACUGAUGGGAAUAUGCAAGUGGAAGAGAUGCAGCUUCACAAAAGUAAUGGAAUUGCUGUCUCCUUAAGUAGAGACAGCUUGGAGACAAAUGAUUCGAUUUUAGCUUCCCCUAAUCAAAGUGUCAUGGGAGCUGGACUGGAUACCUUGGAAGAACAAGAAGAAAAAGAGAUCUUCUUUGCCAAACUUGAACGAGAAGCUUCCUCUACUAUUGAUUAUUCAAGGUUAAAUAAAGAGCUGGAUUCCAAUGAUUCUGUACUACUGGCACCAUUUAUACGAAAUGAGAAUAAUGAAGAAAGAGAAGAGGAAUCCAUACAUAAGGAGAAAUCUGGCAGCUACAGCGAUGAUUUUGAAGAAGAAACAGAUGCUAAUCUUGCUUUGAAAACUGAGGGAAAUCAGGAAGAAGCAAACACUGGCAUGCUGGCUAAAGUUGCAUUACUUGAUUCACAAGAUUCAACUACAGAGCUUCAGAAGGCCGUUGAAGCAUCAGAUGUAGCUCUAGGUGAACGUUACCUGCCUGAAGAAGUCAGUGGAGAUGAAAUGAAUGAGGCAGGUCCCUACUGUGGGCAGAGUCCCGGUGACAUGGAAGCUUUAGACCCAGUGUACCCUCGUACUGAGCAGCCUGUGGGAGACACUGAUGAGCAAAACCUGCCUGAUUCUGCAAUGGCAGUCUCAGAAUGCUUAGUGCAAGGGGUUUCACAAAAUAAUGACAUCCAUUCCAAAAACAUGUCAACUAUUAAAUCAGAUUUACCUACUCUGGAAGAAUUGAUGAAACCAAUUGAAGAACAUUCAUGUAAUAUCAGAAGUUUUCAUAUAGAGCCUAAAAGUCCUUUGAAACUACUAGACAGCACAGCAAACGACCUCAUCAGCCACUUGCCCUUUAAAGAGCACCUGGAUAAUAUAAUUUGGGAGACAAACUUUCUUGAAAAAAUUAACAGAGAAGAGAGCAUCUUUCCACAGACAGCUGUGAAUGAUGAUAACUCUCAAGGAGUGACAGAGAAAGAAAUUCAGACCAAGGAAGUACAGCCUGAUGGACUAAGAGAAAAAAUAGUGCAAGACUCUCUACUUUCAGAAGACAGCAAAUCUAAACAAGCUCUUCGGGCUUGUUCCUUGAAGAAUGAAAGGUCAGAAUCCAUGACAACCAAAGCAAUGUUACACAAGAAUAUCAGAAGUCCAGCAUCUUUACAUAAAAAGAAGUCUUCAUGUGGUCCUCAUGGGGUGGUUAGAAGUUCUGGGUAUGGGAAACCCAGCUUGCUCUCAAAGCAGUCUUCUCCAGCUAGUGAAAAGAAAGCACUAAAAGACACUUUCAAAAAGACCAGUGUAAAAACCAAAAUUCCUGCAGACAGAGCAAGAGCUAAAGAAGCUUUAUUUGCUACUAGGAUAAUAAGAUCUGCAACAAAUGAACCAACUCUGAAGGGGAGUAUUAACAACGUUAUGUCCGGCCAGUCAGUUGUUAAUAAUCUUGGACACCAGGCUGUGGAUUAUUGCAGGCAAAAUCAACACGAUUUCUCAUUUUCUCCCAUCAAAAGUUGUGACAGAGAACUAUAUUUGCUAAAACGAGUACAAGAUGCAGAGGAGGAGCUGAGCAGAGCUCGGGAUUUGAUUCGACAGCUAACCAGCACGGCUGCAGAAAAGGAGAAGGAGACUGAGACAAAGAUAAUAGAAUUGAAAACACAGCAUGAAAAAGAGCUUUCUCGAUUGAGUCAGGAAAACUUUGUUCUUCAGAGUAAGGUAAGAAGUAUGGAAGAGCUGACUCAAGAGAAGAGAUGGGCCCAUCACACUGCAACAUUUCCUGUCAGUGAAGAAAAACUGGCACAAAUACAAAAAGAAAUUGAAGAUCAAGAGGUCAUUAUUCAAGGUUAUCAACAGGAAAAUGAGAGACUGUACAAACAAAUGAAAGAGCUACAGAUCCAAAACAAAAAAAAUGAGGAACGAAUGUUUAAGGAGAAUCAGUGUUUAAUGUCUGAAUUGGUAGCUGUAAGAGAAAAGAUAGAGAAGAGUAAUAAUAUCCAGUCACAGAUCGUGCAGGACUCUGAACCAGCCAGAAAUCAGAGUUUCACAGAAUUGAUUUCAGAGCUUCGAGCAGCACAGAAGGAAGAAACUAAAUUACAGGAAGAGAUAAGACGUCUCAAACAAGAUAAGCAAGCUCUUGAGGUAGACUUGGGACAAGCAAAGAAGGAGAGAGAUUUAGCAAAAGCCCAGAUUGCAUCCACAUCAGGUGAGAAGUCUUAUGAACUUAAAGUUAUGGAAGAAUCAUACAAACAGGAAAUUACUCAUUUGAAAAGAAGACUUCAGUGGUAUGCAGAAAAUCAAGACCUUCUGGAUAAAGAUGCAGCCCGUCUUAAAGCUGCAAGAGAAGAAAUUGAGAAACUAAAACUAGAGGUUGAGAAGCUCAGAGAUGGAACUGGAGAUCAGUGUGUGCAACAGAAGAAACGUUUACGAGACAGAGCAGCAGAUGCUCAAAGAAUUCAGGACCUUGAGCGACAAGUCAGAGAAAUGGAAGGAAUUCUGAAGCGAAGGUAUCCAAAUUCUUUGCCUGCUUUGAUUUAUGCUGCUGCUGCUGCUGAGAAAACUAAUGAUCUUUCAGCUAAAACAAACACAGUUGAUUUUUUGGAGAGAAGAAUAAAAAAAUUAGAAACAGAACUUGAAGGUAAAGACGACGAAGCUAAAAAAAGUCUCCGUGCCAUGGAACAACAAUUUCAAAAGAUAAAGAUACAGUACGAGCAAAGACUUGUAGAGCUUGAGCAGCUGCUUGCCUACAAAUUUAUGAGUGAAUCACCAAGGCUGAAUGGUGAGAAAGCCAAGUCUACAGAACUUGAACAGGAGCUUCAAAAUCUGAAGAAGACCCAUCAGAUCACUGUUAAAAACCUCCAGACAGAAAUUGAAAACCUUAAAAGUCAAAAUUGCCAAUUAAAGCUCAGAAGCAAAAAGGACAAUAAAGACUUGGAGUCCACAGACUCUCAGAUGAAACAGGGUAACACAAAGGACAAACUGUUAAAGCUCAAUGAGGAACUGCUCACCAAAAACAGAGAAAUACAAGACCUCACAAAAACUGUAGAGAAACUUCAAAAAGAAAGGAUGGUGAUGUUGUCUGAUAAUAAUUUGAGGAAUAAAACCGAUAAUAAGGAAAACUCUGCAGAGACCUUGAGAAAGAACAACGACGGCAAAAUAUAUGAACCACGUGUCUUUUCGGAUUCCAACCUCUUGGAAGCUCUGCAGGAAAAUGCACAGCUGAAGGAGGAGCUUGAAAGAGUGUCUCUAGAAAUGAACCAGCAGAGAGUGAAGUCUCAAGCAACAUUGGCUCAUUCUGAAAGUAACCUCCGAAGGAUACAGGAAGACACAGCAGAAUACAUUGCAUCUCUGAAAGCUUCCCAUCAGAGGGAAGUGGAGAAGAUUCUUUGCCAGCAUGCAAAGGAGCAUUCUGCUUCUAAAGUAGCUGAACUAAACGGCAGAAUUUCAACACAAGAGAUACUGAUAAAACAUCUCCAAGAACAAAUUGGUAACCAACAGAGACAUCAGGAAGCGCUUUUAGUUUCACAGAUGCGAGAGGAACUCCUACAAAAAGAGGUGACAAAACUGUUGGAAGAGCUAAGAGAGGCAAAGGAGAGCCAGAGUCCUGAAAUGAAACAUUUCUUCUCCCUGGAAAAGAAAAUCAAGCAUAUAGAGAGCAGAUGUGCUGGAAGAGAGCAAGAAAUUCAAAAGGCAACCCAACUGACACAACACCUGGCUGAAGCAAAGCAAAGCCACGAGGUGGAGAAGUGGCGAAGACUGGCCCAGAGGAAGAACCAGGAGCUGGAGACGUUUCGAGUGGAGCUGGACUCAAUCUUAGAUGUUUUACGGGAGCUGCAGAAACAAGGGGUUGUUAUUCCUGCACCUCAUCCCAGUGGGUUCCACAGGACAGGCAGCUGGUGGAAAACAUGAUUAGGUAGGAGCUGAGCAGAGAAGCAGAACUUUAAUGAAGUUCUAUGUGGAAAGUAUUAUUUAAAAUCAUUAACAGAACAUUUGCAAAUUGAUCUUAUGUGGAAGCUCGCUUGUCCAAAGGUAGGUUUGCAUCAGCCUGAGGGUGAGCAACACCCCAGUCCCAUUGGACAUCUCCUGUUUUGGUAGUAAUAAAGUUCCAUACCAUUUGAAAACCAAAAUCUAGAAAUACUGAGGUUAUUCCAUACAUCCAAUUAGCAUUGAAAAAAUGCCACCUGAUGCUUUUUCAGAUGCUAUAGAACAUGCCUGAAUGUUUCUAACUUCUGUUUCUAACUUGGUGUUACAGGGAUUCCUUUGUGAACAGCUGGGGUAAUGUGCUGUUUGCCUUGUGAUUUUUAGUCUAGGUUAUAGAGUUGUUUGGUGCCCUACCAAAACAAAAUCCUCUUUUUUUCCCCAAUGUUUUUCUCUCUCCCUCCAAUACAGAACAUAUUCUUCCUUA